GUCAUGGCAUCAAUGCGGAAGUAUGUACUCAGGAAAGUAGCACCUUCAGUUUUGUUUACAUUUGACAUAUAACUUGGCAAGUGUUACCAAGUUCACUUUUUGAGUAAAACGUGUCUAACAUUUAGUGACACAUUUCGAUAGACAUAGUCUUCACAUAAAUGUACAGAGAAGCAGAUUUAAUUAAGUGAUAAUAUCGUUACCGUUUAUUUGAAUUAGCUAGCUAGGCGCUGCUAGCGUUACUUUGCUGACGCUGUUGUCCGAUCACUAGUUUCGAUUUCCUCAGAAAUCCUCGGAGUUGAUGCUGGAGCUUUGUGAAGAACCGCAGCAUGUUCCCCCGCAGCGCCGUUCCGAGGGAGCAGUUGUUUUACAGUUACGGCCCGUACCCGCCACUCCCUGUGUCCCAGACCUACAACUACAACCACCAAAGACCGCCUGGUGUCAACAACUUCUUUGUUCCCGGACCUCAGAGGUUUCCUACAUAUGAAUGGAAGUUCAGACCACUACCUACUCCAGUCCAUCCUCCCUACACUCCAACUAUGACAAAUGGGCGCAAGAGGCAAAAUGUUGAAUACAGCCCCCACGUUGUGAAGCGCCAACGCCUGGAAUCCCCUUCCCACCCAUUAAUAGCCUCCCCUAUACCUCGGACCCCUCCCCCUCAUCGUCCUGACCGGGCGGUGGCAGGGUCGUCAAGAUCAUCCUUCGCUGAUUCUGAUCGCUCUUAUCCCAGUCCACCUGCUCACAUCCAGCCUCAGGUGGCUGCUGUCCCAGAAUGCGCCAACAGCCUGCAGAUCUAUGCCAAGGAUAAGUUAAGCUGUCAGAUGGUGGAGCUGUUCGAGGAGUGCCAGCAGCAAGAUUCCGAUUUGGCCCGGAAGGAGCUGUGCCGAACUCGGCUGCAGAAAGACAUACAGAGUGUCUUUGGAGUGGCACGGCUUUACUUGACUGGAUCUUCAAUGAAUGGAUUGGGCUGCCGGAGCAGUGAUGCUGAUAUGUGUCUGGUCAUCAAAGGAAAUAAAAAACCCGAUCCUAUUCACGUACUCUCUGUCCUCCAAAGGUUGUUCAAGUCACUGCCAUAUGUAGAGAGGACUCACCUGAUCAGAGCCAAAGUGCCGAUCCUCAGGUUUAAAGAGAAAGGCAGUGAUCUGGAGUUUGAUCUGAAUAUCAACAACACAGUGGGCAUCAGAAACACAUUCCUUCUGAGGAGUUAUGCCUAUGCUGAUCUCAGGAUAAGACCCAUGAUCCUCGUUGUCAAGAAAUGGGCACGGCACAAUCGAAUUAAUGAUGCCAGCAAAGGAACGUUAAGCAGCUACACACUCGUGCUGAUGGUGCUGCACUACCUCCAGACUCUCAAGGAACCUGUCCUUCCCUCUCUACAGAGGGACUACCCAGAUUAUUUUUAUCCCUUCAUGGACAUUGACAUGGUUCCAGAGGGACCCAAACACAUUCCUCCCUACAGAUCAAGAAACGAGUCCUCGCUGGGAGAGCUUCUUCUGGGCUUUCUCAAAUACUAUGCCACGGACUUCAGGUGGGAUAGGCAGGUGAUCUCUGUUCGAGAGGCCAAAGCUUUGCCCAAGAACAAUUCUCAAACAUGGAGAAACAAAUUCAUUUGUGUGGAAGAGCCAUUUGAAAGAAACAACGUCGCCAGGGCAGUCCAUGAGAAGAUGAAGUUUGACGCCAUCAAAGCUGAGUUUGCUGAGUCAUAUCGGAUACUACAGGACAGGAAGGACCUGAACUCGAUCCUCCCAGUCAGAACCAUCAUUAAUAAGGAGUCAUCCAGGAGAUAAGGGGUUCCUCUAAUUAGAGGAGCGGACAGGAGUCUUCUACCUCAAGAGAAGCCUCUCCCCAGGAACAAAAAAAGCGAGAGCUUUUGGAUAUGCUGAGAGACCUCACAGCCAGAAGGAAUCUGGGACUCUGAAUGCUCUCGCUGCCUCGGUCACAUACUUUAUUUCCAGUGGCAGUACGUAUUGAAAAUACUUUGCUCACUUUGCAGACUAUGCCAAAUAAUAUAUUGAAACUGAUAAGAAAAAAAAUAGAACAUUUCUGGAGUGACACCAGAGGGCUCUGAGAUCAUACUUCUGUUGGUGAC